AUGCAGAAGAUUUCUCGACAAAUAUUUGAUCCUAGAAGAUGUAUACACACGUCCAACACUGUUUUCUGGCAAAAAUUCGAGAAUGAGCGGCAUUUUGAGCCAGGAGAGGAUGUAAUGAAACGAGUUUGGCACGGGUUGACUUAUGAUUUCCGAAGAUGGAAGAGAAGAUUUGAAGAGGCUCGGAGAGACGCGUUCAAGCGACGAAACCCAAUUGCUCAUAUGAAACAUGGAACUAUUGAUAAUGAAGUUUUCCCAUAUCGCGCUGAAAUUGUUGUGAUUGGCGGAGGAUUGACAGGAUCUUCGACAGCUUAUUGGUUGAAAGAGAGAUUUAGGGAUGAGGAUUUCAAAGUAAUCUUAACUUCUCAAAAAUUUCAAUUCAAUUUUAUUUUAUUUUCAGGUAGUUGUAGUGGAAAACAAUGAUGUUUUCACGAAAAGUAGCACAAUGUUGUCAACCGGCGGAAUUACACAACAAUUUUCCAACCCUGAAUUCGUUGAUAUGAGCCUUUUCACAACUGAAUUUCUGCGACAUGCUGGAGAACAUUUGCGAAUUCUUGACAGUCAGCAACCCGAUAUUAAUUUCUUUCCGACAGGGUAUUUGAGAAUUGCGAAAACUGAAGAAGAAGUGGAGGAUAUGCGCAAAUCGUGGAAAAUUCAGAUGUGAGGAAUUUUUCGGAAAUAUUUAAGAUUGUAAUUUUUAAAUUUGAAAACAAUUCGCAAGAUAUUUUUAUUAAAUCAUAAUAAUGUUCAAAAAAGUAAUGAUGUCACCAAAAUUAGAAUAAAAUAAUUUUUGUAUCGAAUUUUCAGUGAGCGUGGAGCCAAAGUACAACUUUUAUCAAAAGACGAAUUAUCCGAAAAGUAUCCUUUCAUGAAUACCGAUGAUGUGAUGUUAGCCAGUUUAGGCAUCGAAAACGAGGGUACAAUUGACACGUGGCAAUUAUUAUCAGCGAUUCGUGAAAAGAAUAUUACAUUAGGUGUGCAAUAUGUGAAGGGAGAAGUUGAAGGAUUUGAAUUUGAGAGAAAUCGCGCGAGUUCGGAGAUUCAUGCGUUUGGUGAUGAUGAAACAGCGGAUGAGAAUAAAUUAAGAGCGCAGAGGAUUACUGGAGUUUUGGUGCGACCACAGAUGAAUGACGCAUCGGCGAGACCGAUUAGAGCGCAUUUGAUUGUGAAUGCGGCUGGACCGUGGGCUGGACAGAUUGCGGAGAAAGCGGGAAUCGGUGAGAUUUUUUGGGCUGGAGAAAAAUUCGGGACAGUUAGAGAUUGCUCAAUUUUGAAUAUUUUAUUGCAAAAAUUUUAUCUUUUUUUCAUAGAAAUUUUAUUAAAGAAAAUUCUUUCUUUAAAAGAUGUAAAUUUUUCUAUACAUGUUUUCAGCUAACAGUUCAAAAAAAAAAUUUUAUUAAUUAAAAAUUCCCGAAUUUUUUCAGAGUUUGAAAAUUUUUUGAACAAAUUUUCCAACCUCGGCCACCAAAAAACUCCAAAUAUUUUCAGGAAAAGGAAAAGGAAUGCUUGCCGUGCCAGUCCCAGUCAAACCUCGAAAACGAGAUAUUUUCGUGGUUUUCGCGCCAGAUGUCCCCGCUGAUCUUCCAUUUAUCAUCGAUCCUUCCGGAGUUUUCUGCAGACAAUCCGAUUGUGGAAACACGUUUCUAGUUGGCAGAACUCCAAGUAAAGAAGAAGACGAAAAAACAAAUCAUGAUAAUUUGGAAGUAAAUUAUGAUGAUUUCUAUGAAAAAAUCUGGCCAGUUUUAGUCGAUCGAGUUCCAGCAUUUCAAAGUGCGAAAAUCAAAUCAGCUUGGAGUGGAUAUCAAGAUAUAAAUACAUUUGAUGAUGCUCCAGUGAUUGGAGAACAUCCGAUUUAUACGAAUUUGCAUAUGAUGUGUGGAUUUGGAGAAAAAGGAGUUAUGCAUUCGAUUGCUGCUGGAAGAUCAUAUGCUGAACGAUUAUUUGAUGGCGCUUAUAUUAAUGUGAAUUUGAGGAAGUUUGAUAUGAGGAGGAUUGUGAAAAUGGAUCCAAUUCGAGAAUCUUGUAGACUUUAG